AUGGGAGUCAGCAACCCAGUCAAGUACGUCCUGGGCCUGUCUCUUUUCACCAAGCGCCCGGACCAGCGGUCCCAGACGGCGGUCUGGAAGGGAAAGGCAAUCGAACAUCAUGGCCCUGCUCCACCCCUCGAGGUCCGCUGGGGCGGUGCCGUGCAGUGUCCAGAUGACGAUGAUUUCGUCGCGGCUGCAGCAGUGCACAUGGCGGUGAGCGAAUCCGACGGGAGCAGAUGCAGCGGAAGCAGUAGCCGGAGCAGUAGCGACAGCAGCGGCAGCGGUGGCAGCAGCAGGCGUCCCUUUGGGGUGGUGCGCGUCGUGAGCUGGGCCAGUUUGGUCGGGGAGCGAUGUCGGUGGACGAUGAGGCAGGAACGAGAGUUGGCGAUUGCCGAGCUUGAGUUGGCUCGGUGUCAAAAGGCGUGGAGUUCAGAGCAGGAGUUAUGGCUUGAUCAGAUCAAGGCCCUACACGAGGAAAAAGAGGCUCACGAAGAGUUCCUCCAUCAUCGUGCCAAGCAGCAGGAUGAGGAACAGCAGCAUUUUCGCAAAUCGUGGAAUCGCCGGCGGUCCCAUGAGGAACCCUCACAUCCUCAGCCUCACCCCCACCCCUCACACCCACCGCAACGAAACUCUUCUACCCACCGCGCGAAUAGCAAAUUGCGACGCGGGAUCCGGCGCAUGGGGUCAUAGGUUUUCAAGCUGAAUGAUGAGGACUGGGAGGAGGGGGAAAAAAGGAGGCUGGAACUUUCUCAUAGCGGAG